AACCAUUAAAUAGUUGACAGUGUUAACUAGGAAAUUUUCAAAUUUUGUUUGUUACACUAUGGGACUGAUAAUUCCUAAAAGUUUUAUUUAUUUAUGUUGUUUAUUUGCUCUUGCAAAAAUAUGUCAGUGCAAAAUAGACGUAAUUGAAGUAACCGAAUGUAGAGAAUCAGUGGAAGGCAAAGGAACAAUUACACAUACUUUUGAUGGAGAAAUGAAAAAGAUAGACCUCACAAUGGACCUGCCUGAUAUUGACAUAAAAGACGAUGCUACUUUUGUCUUGAAACUCCAUAAAUAUGAUAAAGAUAAAGACGAAUGGGAGUAUGACUAUGAUGAAAAAAAAGGUGAUGUUUGUUUCUACAUUCAACAGUUUCUUACCAAAAGUUGGGAUAAGGCUAGGUCAGCUUCAAAUCCAGAAAUUGAAGACGAAUGCGUUGUACCAAAGGGCACAUACGAGUGGAAAAAUUUUGAACUGAGUGAAGACGAUGUUAUCGUUCCAAUUGGAAUGUCAGGUAGAUACAAGUUCGAUGUGACCGUUUAUGGCGACGAACCCUUGUUUUGUUUCGAAGUAGAUGUAGAUGUUCAAUAAUAAGAAAUCUAACACUUUGUAUAAACAUGUAUUGUAAUGUGAAUCAGUAAAGUAAAUUCUUUGUG